UCCGGCUGUCAGUGCUUAGCCUGCCGGCUCCACGAGCCACGGGACCGGCUAAAGCAUCAUGAGAGGCUGCAGCUCCCGGCCCAGCGACCUCCUGCUCCCCCGAGCGCUGCUCCUGGUACUGCUGAUGGCUAUAGGGACCCGGGCGCAGAAGAGAGGACUAGCACCACCCUCCUCAGGCUGUGGUGAAAAUGAGUUUCAGUGCAAGAACCUGCGAUGUAUCUCAAACUUGUGGAAAUGUGAUGAGGAUGAUGACUGCAGUGAUAACAGUGACGAAGAGGACUGCCCUAAACACACCUGUGCGGAGACAGACUUCACGUGCAACAAUGGUCACUGUAUCUCAGCCCGCUGGAAGUGUGACGGAGAGGAAGAGUGUCCUGAUGGGAGUGACGAAUCAGAGGCUACCUGCAGUGACCCAAAGCACGUGUGUGCAGAGGGGAAGUUCAGCUGUGGAGCAUCGACCAGUAAAUGUAUCCCAGCAUCUUGGCGCUGUGAUGGAGAGCGGGACUGUGAGAAUGGCAUGGAUGAGCUGGACUGUCCCAAUGUCUGCUCCCGAGCACAAUUCCAGUGUGAUGACAAGUCAUGUAUCUCUGCCACCAUGGCGUGUGAUGGUGUGAAGAACUGCCUUGAUGGGAGCGAUGAGGUGGACUGUUUGCCUGUGACCUGCAAGCCCAGGGAGUUCCGCUGUGGGAUGGGCAUCUGUAUAUCUGAGAAGUGGGUGUGUGAUGGACAAGCAGAUUGUGCUGAUGAGUCAGACGAGGCAGAGAAUCACUGUGGUUUGAAGAGCCAGCCCCAGGCAGUCACACAUUGUGAGGCAAAUGAAUUUCAGUGUGGUAAUGGCAAGUGUAUCCACGUACACUGGCGAUGUGAUGGCGAUGAGGACUGCAAAGACAAAUCUGACGAGCUUGGCUGCCCUCUUGUGACUUGCCAACCUGAUGAGUUCCAGUGUGGGGAUGGAUCCUGUGUUCACGGCAUGAAGCAGUGUAAUGGUGUACGAGAUUGUCCUGAUAGCAGCGAUGAGGCCGGUUGUGCUAGUGCUGCAGAGUCCUCGUGUAUCGGGCCAGGAAAGUUCCAGUGUAACAGUGGGGAAUGUAUCGACAGAUUCAGAGUGUGUGAUAAAAACAGAGACUGUCGGGACUGGUCAGAUGAGCCAAUGAAGGAGUGCGAUGUUAACGAGUGUUUGGUUAGUAAUGGAGGUUGCUCACACAUCUGCAGAGAUCUGGCAGCUGGGUAUGAGUGUGACUGUCCUCAAGGGUACAGACUGCUGGACAAGAAGAGCUGUGAAGAUAUUAAUGAAUGUGAGAAUCCUGAUGCCUGCAGCCAGCUCUGUGUUAAUUACAAGGGAGGGUACAAGUGCGAAUGCCACGAGGGAUACGAGAUGGACAGUGUGUCCAAAACAUGCAAGGCUGCGGGCCAAGCUCCAUACCUUAUCAUCACAAACAGACACGAGCUGCGUCGGAUUGACCUAAUCCGUAGAGACUACAGUCGUUUAACAGCCCAGCUGAAGAAUGUGGUAUCUCUGGAUGUGGAGGUGUCCAGCAGGAAGAUUUAUUGGUGUGACCUUUUUUACCGCAGGAUAUACAGUGCUCCGCUAGAUCGUGCUGUGGAUCCAACAGAGCAUGUCGUGCUUAUUAACACUCACUUACACUCCCCUGAGGGUCUGGCCCUGGAUUGGGUUCAUAAGAAUAUUUAUUGGACCGACUCUGGCAACAAGACCAUCUCUGUGGCAACUGCUGAUGGCUGCAAACGAAAAACACUAUUCAACAGCGGCUUAGCAGAGCCAAGAGCCAUUGCUGUGGAUCCCACAUAUGGGUUCAUGUUCUGGUCAGAUUGGGGAGACCCUGCCAAGAUUGAAAAGGCUGGACUGAAUGGGGCGGAUCGGCAGGUGCUUGUGGCUGAUAACAUAGAGUGGCCCAAUGGAAUCGCAUUAGAUGUUUUGAGCCGUCGAUUGUAUUGGGUGGACUCCAAGCUGCACUCUCUCUCCAGUGUGGACUUUAAUGGUUUCAACAGAAAGACCCUGAUCACUUCUGAGGACAAGUUGAGUCACCCAUUUGGGCUGGCUGUGUUUGAGGACAAGGUUUUCUGGACGGAUCUGGAGAAUGAGGCCAUCUUCAGUGCUAAUCGACUUAAUGGACAUGAAAUUUCUGUCCUUGCAGAGAAUCUUAACAAUCCUCAUGAUAUUGUGGUUUUCCAUCCGCUUAAACAGCCAAAAGCUGUAGAUGCUUGUAGCUUGGGCCCGCAUCCAAAUGGAGGCUGUGAAUACCUGUGCCUUGCAGCUCCCCAGAUCUCCGUGCACUCCCCCAAAUACACAUGCACUUGUCCAGAUGGUAUAGAGCUGGGGCCUGACAUGAGAAGCUGCAGGAAAGUCAGUGCAGAAACCGCAGCGGUCACUUCCUUUACUCUCACUACUACAUCUGUUACCUUGGCCAAGGAGUUGGUAGUUACUACUGAAACCAGUCCUGUAGCUCCCUCUACACCCAUCUUUACUACUAGUAAUGCUAAGACUACAGAAAGUAUUUCCAGCACCGUCAGCAUCCAACAAGUUAUCAAACCAACCAACUACACAUUUAACCACAUCCAGACGGUAACCACCGGGAACAACAGCGCAUCACUGCACUAUGGAAAUACAGUAGCUGACCUCAGCUCGUCACUCACGGCUGCAGUGAUUGGUGUAUCUGUUCCUGUUGCUGUUCUUGGGCUCCUCUGUCUUUUGGGGUAUCUCAUAUGGAGGAACUGGAAGAGGAAGAACACAAAAAGCAUGAACUUUGAUAAUCCAGUUUAUCGGAAAACGACAGAAGAGGAGGAAGAGGAGGAAAUCCAUAUUGGUCGGACAGCACACAUAGGACAUGUCUACCCAGCGCGUGUUGCAUUAAGUCUUGAAGAUGAUGGAUUUCCAUAAGGAUUGAAAACCAGGUAUCCCGAAUCUCUCGUCCCUAUAGGGCUAUCAGACAUAUCACGGAUCCUUGGUUACAUGCAGCAAUAUGAGAUUAGUCAAGUGGAUCUGAGACGCAUCAUGAACCUAACGCUGCACAGGACUGCGUGCGACAUGUCUCAUAUCAAGUGGAUCUUGUGUUAGAUAUCCUCCAAACACUGGACAUAUUAGAACAUAUUUCCUAUUUAUGCUGCUGAUGGACAACCAUAAAGAUAAUAAUUUUCAGACAUCCAAAGGAUGUGACGGUUUCUAUGUAUAAUCUUUUAUACAGAUUUGUACUUGUUCCUCGGCAGAGGCAUUCCCUGCUCUCUGUAUAUAACAGCCUCCCAGGACAACUUAGUUUUCAGAUAUUAUAUUUAUAGACAUUUUGUACAUACCUUUAAAGGAGCUUUAUGGUUCUCCAUCAACAUAAAUACUAAAUUAUUAAUGAAAUGUAGAGUUUUGUAGCAUAUUUAUUAACCUGGGCAAGUUGGGGUGAAGGGAUGGGGUUAUGUUCUGUAAAAAUGACACGAAUGAGAGUAUUUAUUUUUUUGUAUGUUCAAGUUUACAUGUUUGCGUUAGAGCCCCAAGACAGAAACAUUUUAAUAUGUUUGUCUAAUUCUAGUUAUUACUGGUUAUCUGCUCCCUUUUCAUGGGAAAAUUCCCAUAACCCCAAAAAUACAGAGAUGACAAAAUGUAAUUUGACAGAUUCAUGGACAAGAAUGCCCAUUAAAUGGCCAGACAAGUUAGGAGAGUCAUGGUACACCAUACCAGGAUAAAAAGGUUUAUUCAUCACUGAUAACACAUACAGGCCAUGGGAUGGAAUCAUGGGCUGUUAAUGAAUUAGCUGCCAAUCACUCAAUAUGUUAAUUAGAGGACACAUGACCAAGUACUUGCAGACAUUUCCUCUUUAUCUGGGUAGGCUUUUUGGCUCUAGAUUACUGUAAAAUAGAGUUUUUAAGAAAUGUCUUGAUCUUUGUGCAAGGACCCCUAAUCAGAUCACAGCAAUGUUUUGCUCUUUCUGAUAUAGACGUUACUUCACUUUCUGUGUUCUGUAGUUUUUUGUCUUUGGGCUGUUUAUGCUACAAGGGCUCUUUUUUGGUACUAAAACUCUUAAAAAAUCAUGGUACUGUCAUAAUUCUUAUACUAGAUGUAUAUAAACAUCUGCUGAGAAUUUCAUGUAAAGGUUUAAUCAACUACAUAUACAGUAUGUAUGUAUAUGAUAACCUAUGUCAAAGAUGGUUGCCUCAACACUCACAUUAUCUUUAUUUCAAUUCUGUUUACCAGUCCAGUGCUAACUGCAAUUACAGAUCUGGUACAGUCCAGUCUAUUGAUGCAAAUGUACAUUACUUGCAGCCUAGCACAGGUGAAUAUAUUACAAUGAAACAAAUCACUUAUCUGCACCGUUAAACAAAGGAGGUAGCGUUCACACAACAUGGGGAAAGGUAGCUGAACAUACAACUGUUCUUACAGUACCGUGGGGAUCAGUGAACUGAUAAACUAGCAACUAUGGUCAUAGAAUACUGUUGGAGCAGUGAACUGGUCAAGGAAGUGUUAUCCUAGUACUGUGAGGAGCAGUGUCGUUAUGAUAUCAGCUAAUUUACAUUGGUUAAAAGAGGUACAAACCUAAUUUGUUUAAUUUGGGCCUGGGCUGUUAUGCAAAUUUGAGCUACUAAAAAAAAAAAAAUUAAGCACAAGUGGAUCAGAAGGUCCCUACAAAAUAUCAACUCUGCAACAAGCACUUUUAGUGAACAAUAAGCCAGGACAUGUUUUUAUGAUCACUGUGUGUAUAUAGAGCCAUACAUCAUGCCGUGGGGGUGGGUGCACUGCAGGCUGGCCUGCCAAUGUAUGAGGGGAGGGUGCUGUUGUAACCAAUGUAGAUAAAAUCAACCAAAGUUGUUCAUAUUUUUCAAAGGGUUGUAAUUCUGACAUCUGGCUGAUUUCUAAUGUAUCCCAGCAUGCAGCCUUCAGUCACCUUCAGCACGAAGGCAGUGUGUGAUACAUAAUUCAACAGUGUUCACAGGCAUCCUCAGACUGAGGGCUGAUAACCUGACUUGCAGUGAGUCAGAGAAGGGAUUAACAAACCGCUGUUCUGUAAAUAAAGUUUUAACCUACAUUUCUAAUUUGUUGUAUAACUUGGACCUGUUUUUACAUAGACUAAAAUUAAACUUUUUUAUCAUAUGCUCA